AUGCAGCGCAGUGUCGGACUUUUGCUGUGCCUGGUGGUUGGGUCCGCUGUGGCAGGCACCGUUAAUCUCGCUCCCGAUCGCUUCGAGCGGGAAGGUCGCAUUGUGGGAGGCGAGGAUACAACGAUUGAGGCACAUCCCUAUCAGGCCUCACUGCAAAAGAAGAGCGGCUCCCACUUCUGCGGAGGCAGCAUAAUCGGCCCCAGCCUGGUUGUUACGGCGGCUCACUGCCUGCAGGGCAUCAAGGCGUCCAGCAUUCGUGUACGUCUCGGCUCAACGCGCUAUAACGAAGGCGGGGUUCUCGUUGCCGUCGAGAGUCUGGUAUACAAUGAGCAGUACGACAGCCAGACCCUGGAAAACGAUGUAGGCCUGCUGAAGCUAGCGGAGAGCGUGGCCGAAUCAGAGAGCAUUCGCUACAUAGAUCUGGCCAAGGUCACUCCGCCAACUGGUACUGCGGCCGUGGUCACGGGCUGGGGAUCCAAAUGCUACUUCUGGUGCAUGUCGCUGCCAAAGAUUCUCCAAGCGGUCGUCGUCUCCAUUGUGGAUUGGCAGCAGUGCGGCUCCGAUGCGUACAAAUACGGCGACAUUAUUCGGGACACCAUGGUUUGUGGCUAUGAGAAGAAUAAGGAUGCCUGCCAGGGCGACUCCGGCGGCCCGCUGGUGGCCAACAAUCAGCUGGUGGGCAUUGUCUCAUGGGGCUAUGGCUGCGCCUCCAAGCUAUUGCCCGGUGUCUACGCCGACGUGGCUGCCCUGCGUAGCUGGAUACUGGAGAAAGCCAAGACGUUGUAGGCCGAAGUCUGAAUAAUAUAAU